AUGCCCCCACUAUCAUCGCCAUUCGGUGGCCGAGGGUCGCGAUCGUCUUUUAACCCACCUCUUCGGACCUCCUCUUCCUCCACCAGUCAAAGCAAACAACCCUCCUCGAACUCGACAUCGCAACCAGACGCACCUGCGCAGGACUCAGGGUCGCAAUCAACACAAACAUCUCAGCUCAGCACGACAAGUGGAACAGCUAGCAGUCGGUCAAGCACUUACACCCGUCAUGAUCUCCGGCGUAGCUCUGUCGCUCCUUCCCCUUCCCCUGGAUCGGCCAGCCAACCUCCGUUACGAUCUGUCGACCCGUUUCCCCAUACCAACUCUACCUCGGCUCCGAACGCAAGCAGUACACCAGCCCCGUUAGCUCGGGUUGCAGUUCCGAAGACGCCAUCGAGAAACGCCAUACCUUCCGCCCCUUAUCCCUUCAACAGCCCCUCCAGCACUACUAGUAGCCGGCCUGCGACGAAUCGAACGGUGACCAGACCUGCCGGCCUACCUGCCUAUCAGUUGCCAGCACCCGGCCAGGCUCAGCGUGAAGCAUAUCAGGACCAACAAAACUUGCGGCUCGAAGUUCAAGAUCUACGUACCCAAUUCUCCAAGCUCAACGAGACGGUCACAACGCUCGCCCAGGCCCUUGAGGCCGCACAAGCUCGAGAGAACGCGAUGGAGGAGGAGUUAACGUUCCUGCGAACUCAGGUUCUCGAGGAGGACGGACAGCUUACGAAAGGAAGGGGAAAGAAGGUGUCCGUGUCUGAUCCAGACCGUUCCCUGAUCACUACGUUCGUCCGGAGCGCGAUCGAGGUCCUGCAUGGAGGCAAGGCCUUUACCCCGUCUCCCUUUCCGAAGAGCCUAGACGACUGGCCAAGGCUGACGGCCGCCUCCGGGGAAGAGGGUGAUCCGGUCAUGCGAUGGGACUACUCGUUAGGUGCUUGGGAGGGAGUCAACAAAGAACAGACGGCCAACCUCAUCAGGGUCCUCGAGCACCAACGAAACCUUCCUCCUCUUCCAUACGGUACUCACCUCGACAGCAUCCCGCCGUACAACGGGAAUUGCGACGUCUAUGAGCGCGUCAUCAAACGGCAGUUCGCCAAAUACGCCAGUACCCUGCAGACCAAGCUGUCGAAAGAAUGGAUGUCGAGUGACGAUAGAAGCGCAUUGAUGGAUGAGAUCGGCCAAUUGGAGUUGGCCGAACGGGAUGAGGAUGACGAGGACAAGUUGGACCGACUGAAAGCAGAAUUGCUGGAAAAAGACAACUUCGCUGCGGAAACCGAGGCGAAAACGUCUACGAACCUGCGGUCAAAGCUUCGGAGUAUGGCCAACGCAAUCACGCAGAAACGGAAAGCUACACCCAAGUAUCGAGACUCGAAAUGGAAUUGCCUUGACAGCGUAUACGUGCAACCGGGCUUAUCUGUCGAGAAGGAUGAAGGCAAAUUCGUGUGGUACGAGGCCGACUGGGACGCGUUUUAUAGCGAGGAGUACCUGAAUAUUUGGAAAGAAAUCAACAAUUCCAAACCGAAAGGGAUUAGGGCGCGGGGUGCAGAUUUCACGCAACCCACCGAUGGUGCUGUUCGGCUUCCCGUGCAGCCAUAUCUGCCGUCGGACCUGGCAGGUCUCUCCCUCUCCUUACAGCGUUGGAUGAUUCAUCCAGAGAUCCUGUCCGAGCCAGAGUGGGAAGACUUCGUCAGCGCCUACGUGGUCCCCGUCGACUUCCCCACCGAUCCUGCAGACGUAUGCAAACUGACGUGGUGGAAAGACCACUCGAUGGCGUUUGCGAAAACCCCAGCCGCACCUGCUCCUGCGUCCCACACCGCGAAGAAGAGGAAGCUAGAAGACACCGACAUCAGCGAUCGCGGGCCUAGCGAUAGUCCUCUCGCCCGUGUAACGCCACUCCCACUCGCCAAUGGAAACGGAUCGACUCAGUCCAUUACCCGCACCCCUUCGGAGUCUGCUCACACUCCUGGAAGUGGGGUUGUGGUGAGCGAUCGUCCGGAGGCCGGUCGUUAUGGGCAACACGUACCUUCUUCUCCGGUCCGCGAUGAACCCCGUCUGCUCUUCCGUGGAACUCAAGGUCAGCCGGCUCAAUCUCCUUACGGUGCUCUACCCUCGGGCCCUGGUUAUACUUCCCAGCAAGGCCAGCAAUAUCAACCACCGCAAUACCAUCAACAGUCGACUUACCCUAUCAGUCAAUACCCUCCCGCCGAUUAUCACAUGGAUUCCGUCGGCCAGCGAUUUGGAAUCCCCCAGCCUACCCAUCACCCUCUUUAUGACCCCGUGCCGGGCGACUCGAGCUACCUUCCUCAAGGACGUCCCCACCAUUACGACCCCCGCUACGCUUACCAAUCUCACGAAAACGUCCAACAGGCUCGUCAUCCUGGUCAAAGACAGGAGGCCAGGAACGAUCCGGCCUCUACGACUCACGACGAGCCCACGAUCAACGAAGAAUUCAUCAACUACGACGGCACGCUGCAUUAA